AUGCUGCCUAGCCCAUCCCUUCCUCUCCUCUGCCAUACACUCACUUUCCUCAGCGAUGGUGUGGAUGCGGCCCUAGCACAGGUGGCGUCAACGGCGCUGGAUGUAGCCUUAGUGCGGUCAGCGGCAACGGUGCUGGAUGCAGCACCAGAUCAUGCGGCGGCAGUGGCACUUAAUGCGGCACCGGUGCGGGUGGCGGCGAUGGCGCUAGAUGCGGCACCAGCACAGGCCCAAGGAGGAUCUCAUCCCUGUUGCUGCCCUUCUGCGGGUUGCCGGAGGCCGGAGCUCGAGUGCUCGACCGCACGCACAUUGGUCGUCGGGGAGUUCAAGCUGUGGAUGCAUCUUCGUCACUGCAGACUGCACCGAGCACCAUCCACUCUCUCCAAACGAACAUAUGCUUGCAGAGAAGGAAAGAGAACCAGAAGAAGCACUAAAGUAGAAGCUCAGUUUGAGGCAACACUCCAAGCAGAAAGAGAGGAAGCUGCUAGGAAGCACGAACAGUCAGAAGCACAGAUUCUUGCUCAACAGGCCUCACUUGAAGCAAACCAAGCAGCACUUGAAGAAAACCAAAAUUUGUUACGCCAGACCCAAGAGGAAGUGAGGGGGAUGCAUACCAAGUUUGAAGAGACUAAUGCACUGCUACGAGCUAUGCUAAAACUUUAUUAA